GGGAGUUACUCCAAAUGUGAGCGUAGGUGCAGCUGAAAACAUGUACUUGUGCUACCGAAAGCAGGGCAGAUCAAGAUGUGUUGGUGUCGUCAACGUCAGUUCAAAAGGCUCUUCUGCUUGUUUAAAGCCUGCACAACCCCUGCCUUUGUAUCGGCAGCUUUAACCUCUGGAGACCUUUUACAUCCAUCCCCCUUGCAACAGACCUGACCCGGACCCAGACGAUUUGCACUGAUUUACCACCCAAAGCGGCUCUGCAGCUGAAUUCUUGAAUCGCCUUAUUCCACUGUAAGCUAUCACCUGUUUGUGUGAGGAGACGUUGGGCUUUGUCUGUUCCAUAGGUGGCGGGGAAGGCAAGAGUGUUCUGUGAUGUGAAAGCUGACUAUAUGAAAGAAGGUGCAUUCUGGACGAGUCGCAGUCACUCUUGAGCGAUACCUGAUUCACCUGCCUAGGUACCUUGGCUCUCUAGGUAUCCUUCCUCAAGCCUUCAACAUGUAAGCUCCCGUCAGUAUCUACAACAAUUGUCAAACUUCAUAUGUUGUCGCGCCUUAACCAACCUUACUGUAUAUCAAAAUACAAUGUCACGCUUCAGUUUUGAUGCCUCUACUUCACGCCAUGAACCAAUAUGUUUGGAAAGCCCGAUUGACGUGAGACCCUUUUCUAGGAAUCGCGCACUCUCCAUUCGAUCCAACAAAUCCAAGGGCAACUCUGGUGCUGGUGCCGGAGCCAAGCGGGGUUUCUCCUUCAACUCACUCCGCGGCCAGGUCCAACCUGAGCUGUCCCGUAAGCUCUUCCGCCUCAUCAAAUCGGAGAAUAACCUCAUUGGCGCCCAUGAGACCGCCGGCCGUGAGCGGGUUUCCAUCGCGACUCAGUUAUCUGAAUGGGGUGAGCACACCGGAGAUGACAGUAUUAGUGAUAUCUCGGAUAAGGUGGGAGUUGUCCUAAGUGAAAUGGGCGAGCAGGAGGACGCAUAUGCUCAUGCUCUUGACGAUUCUCGCGCCUAUCUCAAGGCUAUUCGAAACACCGAGAAGAGCGUACAGCCCAGCCGCGAGAACAAGGAUAAGAUUGCCGACGAGAUCCAGAAGUUGAAGUUGAAGGAGCCUGGUAGCACAAGAUUGCCUGUCCUCGAGCAGGAAUUGGUGAGAGCUGAGGCUGAGAACCUUGUGGCGGAGGCUCAAUUGACCAACAUCACCCGACAAAAGCUCAAAGAAGCCUAUGCUGCCGAGUUCGCUGCCACCAUCGAACGUGCCGAAAAGCAGAUCAUACUAGCCAAACAUGGCCGCCGUCUGUUGGAGCUUCUCGACGAUUCGCCUGUGGUCCCUGGUGAUACACGAGUGCCUUAUCAACACUCCUCCCAGGCACGUCAAAUCCUCAACGAUGCUGAGGAUGACCUUCGAGACUGGCGACCCGAGGCCGAGGGCUUUUCUACUCCAGUUCAAAGCCGAUCGCCAACCCUUGAGGGAAAGGGAAAGGAGCCUCUGGCUUCGGGAGACAAUUUGUCUCCUGUCCAGUCUGAGGCAGCUACAGUUGAAUCCGAGACUUCUCCUUUGGAGCAACGGGGUACCAAGUCCUCUGUCUAUGCUGAGGUCGCUGGCUAAGUGGGCAAUUACAGGAUAGUGAAUAAGGAUGCCGAUUCUGGUAUGGGCUUUUGUUUCGAUAAGCUUCGUUUUCUUGAGCAGGCGAGAAAGUUCACUUGCUGUCAUCGCAGUCUGUCUGGGUAUCAUCGAGGGAUCAGUCCCUAAGUUUAAUAUGUCUGGGGUACCGAGAGGGGUUCUUGAAGUGCUGUUUGUUUAUAUCCUUUGAUUAUUGCUUGGUUAGUCUCGUUAGUUGAAUCAGAAUGGGCGUGUCUAUCAAAAGUUUAAAACAGUGUCAUUUUGAGGUUCGUAGUGUAUGUAGCACCUUGGGUGCAAGAACGACGUUGAACCGGCUCAUGGCACAAACCAUGGGCUUAGGCUCAUAUCCAAUUGAUUGUUGAAUCACUCAGCACCAAUCGAUAUGAGGUGAUCAGUAUCGUGGGUCCUGGUGCAUCGUUUGGGGCUCUGGUUUUUCAAACGGUGUGGAUGGAUGGGGUCUGCGUCUUGGUGUUGCACCUAAUAAUAAGACGGUUUAUGUUCCGGUUACGGAGAUGGGAGAAUUUUCAUGACAGGCUUGAGUGCAGAGCAAAAGGAAA